AUGGCUCUUGCCAACAUCUUCUCGGGCCCCCUCCGCAUCGCGCGUGCAGACAUCUGCGCCGUCUCGGUUGCCUCUUCGUCUCGUGCCUUUUCGGCAACUGCCAUCGUCGCAGAGUCGCGCGCAAAGGUCAAUGCUCGCAGGAAACGCCAAAAGGUGAUGGCCGGUCGCUCGGCCGCCGCCGCUGCGCGUGUGGCCGAGCUCGCGGACCCCAUCCUCGGCUCCCCCCUCGCCGUCGCCGGCCCCUCGUCGGGCUCGGCCGCCACUCCCGCCGUGGACCUGUACGAGGGCUGCAGGCUGCAACGCACAGUCCUCAAGGCCAACGACAUCUGGUACGCUGCCCCGCCCAACUACGCCGCUGGCGGCCACCCCCCGCACUACCUCCCUGGCCUGUCCGAGGCCGACCGGGAACUGCUCUUCGGCGCUCUGCCUCAGGUGACGGCCGAGCUCCUGUUCGACCCCGAGCGCCUCGCUACCAGCGAGGAGGUCGUCGGUGACCAGGUCAGGCAGGUCGAGACCCUUCAGCGCAUCACCGACCUGAGGAACGCCAGCAAGAAGGGCAUUGAGGUUGUGAACCGUGCGCGUAUCAUCAAGGAGUUUGGCGUCGACGAGAAGGACACCGGCAACACUGCUGUUCAGGUCGCUCUCCUCACCCACCAGGUCCGUACCCUGGCAGAGCACCUCCAGACCAACAACCGCGACAAGCAGAACCGCCGCGCCCUCCGUCUCCUCAUCCACCGCCGCGCUACUCUCCUCAAGUACUUUAAGCGUACUAAGCAGGACGACUACGACGCGCUCCUCGCCGACCUCGGCCUCGCGCGCUCUGCCGUCGAGGGUGAGCUCAUGGUCGGCAUGUAA